AAAACAUUGGCAGUCCGUUCUUCCCCAUAAAGAGACAGCCAUCUGGAGAACUCUUGCUCGAUCUUACCUACAAGACAGACGGACAACUCGGUGCCAUUUACGCCGGGGAUAUCGGCAAGUGGGCGCUGGUUGCGUUCAAAGACCCCAAAACCUGGGUCGUCAUUCCCAAAGAUAAAGAUAUGAAGGUCGUCACAGAGUGGGUCACCCCUCGCGAAAUCGCCAAGAUUAUCGAGGAAGAGUUGGGAGAAAAAAACGGUGAUCAAAGAGGUCGACGACGAGAAGUGGAAAGCGAUGAGGCACGAGGUUCCCGACUUCGAGGAGCUCUGGCUCAACUUUGA